AUCUGGUGGCAAAAUACUAAACUAAAUGUAAUCCGAAUUUAAAAAAAAAUGCGCGCGCACAAAAAAUUAAAAUAAUUGUUGGUAGCAAUGAUAGUAGCGCGGUUGACCACGUUGGUAUUAGUAAAUUAUAAUUUCACCUCCAUGUUCAUGCAUCAGAAAUAAGUGUGGUGGUACAUGAGAAAUUUAAUGGUUAAGUGAGUGUGCUCUUUUAAAAAAAUGGAGAGGUUAUUUUUUUGAAAUAAUAUGUGGGAACUAACUAAUCAAGACAUUGUAAUAAUAUUAAGUGUGUUAAGUGGGUGUUUGAUAUUUUACAAUUUAUGGGGUUAUUUUAUCGGUAAAAUAUUAAUAACUAUUGCCAUAAUAUAUAGUUGUAUAUACAUUUUGAUUAACGAAAAUUAUAACACGCUUCUAACUAAAAUAAACGACAGUAUAAUAAAAGCCGGGGAAAAUAUUCCGGAUUUAUUUUCACUAUUUUAUCAUCAGUUAUUAUCAUAUCUCCACCAAUUCGUUGGUUUUGUUAAAAAAUUUUACCAAAAACAUUUUUCCAAAAUGGAACGACGUGGAAGAAACUCGUAUCAACUCAGCAGUGAGUCAUCAAUUAGCAUGUCAAAUAAUUCACAAUUGGGCCUGAUGAGUGCAGUCAGUCCCAUUGCCAAAAAUUCACGGCGUUCGAUUGUCUCAGGGUCCGAGAACUCUGUGGCAAAGCGUUUGUCACCAUCUUCAUCUUUUGGCGGCAACAAGCACUGGGAGAACUCAAGCUAUCAUUUAAACGGUGACAUAAACGGUUCAAUGCAGCAUUCGUGGAAAAAGUCACCCUCUAAGUACAGUAAUAAUGAUGCUCAGGACGAUUCUCUGUCAGUAAGACGAGAGGAAAUAUUAUUUAGAUCUCAUAGUACCCCCUGGAACGCUGGCUUAGGUGGUAAAAAUAGUUCUGGAAUUAAAACUGUACAAACCGUAGCAGGACCAUUGUUAUCAUCAUCAAGGUAUAACAUUGAUUCCAAGGCGUACAGUACAUUAUCUCCAGGAAGAUUAACAAAAUACGCAAGCGACGCUGACACAAAGUUACUUUAUCAAUCUCAAUACUCAACCGGGCAGUUUCCAAAAGUAAAUUUAUACUGUUCACCAACUCCAACUUUAAACGCUAAAACAGUAAAAGCCAGGUCACCAGUCACCGUGAGAAUAGCGCCACCAGAAACAAUAAAGUAUUCUCCACCAGAAAAGCAAAAAAUGCUUGCCAAUAUCUACCGUUUGGAGAAAAAAUCUCCCCAAAGUGUAGUCCAAGUCUUGAAGGAGAUUUCAUUAAAAAGGCACGCGUCGAUGGAUGACAUCUCUUUGGAAUUAGUUAAGAAGCAGCGGACUGAGAGCCACCGCGAGGAGUACGAGGGCUUUGAUGAAGGUACGCAGAAGCGGACUCGAGAAGACUUGUCCAAGUCUGAGGAUGACAUUUCUAUUGAGAACACAUCUUUAAGGCCGGUCAAGAGGACCAAAGUUCCCUCUUGCUACGAUAUUAUGAGCUCCCUGAGCUCGAGCACUAACGUCCUAACAGGCAGCUCAGGCGUCAAAAGGAAGGCUGACUUAUCGCGCAGUGGAACUCCAGAGGUCGGAAAACACUUCAAGUCCUUUGACAGCGACCGAAGAAGCAACUCAGUAUCUCCUCGGGCCAUCAUUAAUAAGUCUUCUUCUCCAUCAGCCCUAAGCAGGUCGAGCUCUGCUGAGUUUUUAGACGCCUGUGAUGACGACAAUAAAAAACAGACCGCUGAUUCGCCGAAACAAACUUCUCAGCAAAGUCCUAUUAGUAGUAAUAGCAAAGUUAAUUUAAUGAAUAAUAAUAAAUUAAUAACCCGAAAUUCACCGCAGCUGACUCAGUUAAAAGACAAACUGUUCAUGAGAGCAGAGCCGCAGAAUAUUGAUAAAAUAAAGACACUUAUCGAAGAGCAUGAUGUCACGGGAAAAUUCGGAGGUGAUGAUGCCGAUGAAAUAAAGCAGUGUGAUAUUUUAACAAUGAGACAAACUAGCAUGAAAGCUAGACUAAAGAGUAUGUUCGAUGCGAUCUCCGGAAAAGCCUCAAGUGAAAUCGAUCCUAGUGUUGUUAUCCAGGCGGAUGAAGUCAACGAUCGACCUGCUACAUCUGCACCAAUAUCUACGUCCGUGGCUCCAGCGACACAAUCCCAACCAGUACUUACGUCUCUAAACUCCUCAACUUCAACGACAAACGUCAACACUUCACCCAUCGCAACUUCCGCGAUAAAACCUAUUAUUGGUAAAUCUAAAGACAGCAACACUCCAGUUAAACGUGUUACUUUUAAUUUAUCCGGAGAAACAACUCCUACUAGCAGCACGACGCUGGUCAGUUCAUCAGUAGCUCCAAGUUUGCAAAAGUCUGAAGAGGCUCCAAAUAAACCUUCAUUUUUCCAGCAGAAGUCGUCAGUAUCAACUUCAACUUUUACUGCAGCUUCUGUCACUUCAACUGCUUCUAAUUCCGUGAGUCCAGCUACGACAGCUUCAGGAUUUUCACUGACUCAAGCUCCAGCUUCUAUUACAGCUUCUACUACAGUGCAACCACUAACUCAGAAAACCGAGUCAAUAAUAUCCAGCAGCUUCAACUUACAAAAACAAGUACAAAAACCAGCCAGUACUUCUUCAACAAGUCUACCUUCUUCUUCUUCUUCUUCUUCUUCUUCUUCUGCGACUGGAUUUUCAUUUGGUAAGCCUGCAACAACUGCAACAACUGCCUCAACACCGUCUGAGAAUCCAACGAGUCAAGCACCACCUGUGACCACCUCAUCAAGCACCUUUACAAGCAAUCAGCCUCCUGCUACAACCUCAGGAUUUUCAUUCGGGUCAAAUCCACCGACUACAACCACUAGAUUUUCAUUUGGCAGCACUCCAGCAUCUUCUGCUCCGCAAACAGUCGCUCCAAGCCCGGCUUUCAGUGCUAAAUCUCCAGUAACAACUUCAGCUUCAUUAUUUUCCUUUACACCAACAGUAAGCACAAGUGCAAGUGCAAGCACAAGUACUUCCAACCCAGUUUCUGCUCCAUCAACUACUACAACUGCUGCAUCAACACCAGGAUCAAGCUCCGGGUUCAAUUUAAGCGCAGCCAAGCCAACAUUCUUAUUCGGUAACACGAGCAGUCCCCAAGUGACUGCUUCUACGCCUCUAAGCUUCGGGAGUCAAUCCGUCCCGGUGUUUGGAAGCGCCGCGGCUACAAGUACUCAGUCGACCCCUUCGUUUUCUACUCCAACAUCACAAACUGCAGCUACUUCAGUUCCAGCUGUGUUGUUUGGAGCAAACACCAGUACUCAGUCAUCCUUCUCCAGCCCGGCGAGUGCUAUAACUAGUACAAAGCCGAGUAUUUUGUCAUUUGGAGUCCCCAAGACUACAGAAGUCCCGAGUUUUGGGAGCAAUACACCCACAACUACUUCGAGUAUGUUCAACGGUGCUAACCAAACUACUACGUCGUCUUUAAUGUUCGGAGGAAGUAAUUCUACUAAUACCGCAAAUGCUAGUUCUAGUACUAAUACUAGUACUGGAAAUAAUUUAUUUGGACAAACUAAAUUACCUUCAUUUGGAUCGCAGUCAAACCUAACUUUCGGAGCUACUAAUUCAAAUCCUACAUUUGGUAAUAAUAAUACGAUGACAUUUGGAUCUCAAACUACAACAACUGCCAGCUUUGGUAGCACAACUCCAACUGCUACUAAAGCACCAACAUUUGGAUCUUCAACCGUGGCAAGUUCUGCGUUUGGAAGUACCUCAACUUCAUCAGCUGGAUUUUCCGGUUUUGGAGGGGCUAAUACAUCAUUUACACAAAAUAAAACUCCUCUCUUGCCGAAUACAUCAGCAGUAUUUGGCAGUUCAUCAUCAACAAGUUCUCCAUUUGGAGCACCAGCACCAGCUACCACAGCACCGCCAGCAUUUGGAGCUACGGCGACCGCGACUUCAGCAUUUGGUUCUACAUCAUCGAUGUUCGGAGCUGCGCCUGCAACAACUGCAACAACUGCUCCCCCUGCGUUUGGAGCAUCAUCAACACCAGCUUUUGGCUCUUCCGCGGCUUCUCCAGCGUUUGGAUCCACACCAACGACGUCACCUCCAGCAUUUGGGUCCAUACCAACGACGUCACCUCCAGCAUUUGGGUCCAUACCAACGACGUCACCUCCAGCGUUUGGUUCAAUACCGACAACAACACCUCCAACAUUCGGGUCAGUACCAACGACAGCGCCUCCAGCGUUCGGGUCAGUACCAACGACAGCGCCUCCAGCGUUCGGGUCAGUACCAACGACAGCGCCUCCAGCGUUCGGGUCAGUACCAACAACAGCGCCUCCAGCGUUUGGAGCUUCAACAGCGACCUCGUCAUUCGGUUCAUCAUCAACUCCAGCUUUUGGAGCAGCUUCAGCUAAACCAGCGUUUGGUGGAUCCGCUCCUCCGGCUUUUGGAGCGACUUCUACGUCCACAACUCCAUCCUUUGGAGCUUCUUCGGCGCCUACACCUUCUUUUGGCUCGUCAUCAGCAGCAGCAGCGCCUCCGGCUUUUGGCGCUUCAAACACUUUUGGCUCCUCGACACCUGCGUUUGGCUCUACUAACACCAGCUUCAGCGGGUUCGGAUCCAGUUCUACUCCCGCUCCUUUUGGCUCUGCAGUCCCGAGCUUUGGCUCUGCUGCUACUAGCAACAAUAGUAAUAGUAAUAAUAGUAAUAAUAAUAAUUCUGGUAAUAAUGCUGGUACCGGUUCAUUCAAUUUUGGAAGUACCAACCCUCCGGCGCAAAAUCCAGUGUACAGUUUCGGUGGAUCCGGAACUGGUAGCAGCAGCGCAGGAAGCGCGUCAACUCCGUUUCAAUUUGGAAACGCUGGCGCAUCAGCAGGUACCGGUGGAUUUAAUUUCAACGGCGCCGGGUCUUUUAACGCCGGAAGCAGCGCUGCAGGAGGCGGUGGAAUGUUCAGCAUCGGAUCCGGAUCGACUGCUCCAAGAUCACGUCCAGCUCGCUCAAGAAGACAGCAAAGAUGAUUGAGGAUGUAAAAUUAAUUUUUCUCCUUUAACUUGAGCUUAAAAUUUCUCUUAAUAUUAAUACACAAUCUGUGUAUUGAUUUACAAAAGUCUUAUUUAUCUUAGAUAUUAAUUACCCAAGUAGUUUAUUAAUAAUAAUUACUGUAACAGUUUAUAUAUACUCAUAUAUUAUAUAAGUAUAUAAUUUUGAACUUUUGUAAAUUAACUUGAGUUGAUGGCGAUUUUCUCUGUAAACAUUAUCGUUUAAUAGUUGUACUUUUAGUACGACUAUUAAACAAGUAUACAGUCGUGAUAAUUUUUAAUUUGUUGUUAGUUUAAAAAUAUAUAUAUUUAUAUAUUUAUAUAGUCCGCAAUGGGACAGCUUUUAAAAAGCGAUAAAUUUUUUAUUGUCUCUGUUAGUAUUUAAUUAUUAUCUAUCGUGUAUUUAAAAAAU